CCUCCACCACACGGGCUCCCCAGUGAGAGUGCAGCGCAGCAAAGGGACGGCCUCGUGUUCCCAUGCAGCUGCCUCCGAUUAUGAGCUCUCCCUUGACCUAAAGAAUAAACAGAUUGAAAUGCUAGAGCACAAAUACGGAGGUCACCUGGUAUCUCGCAGGGCAGCGUGCACCAUCCAAACUGCUUUCCGACAAUAUCAGCUCAGCAAGAACUUUGAGAAGAUCCGCAACUCACUGCUGGAGAGCCGCAUGCCACGCCGCAUCUCUCUGAGGAAAGUUCGGGUCCAGAACUCUGAGAGCUUCUCUGCUGAGAAAGCCCUAGUAGAGGGGUACAACUUUGUGGGCAUCCCGUUAGUGAGGUCCCCAUCUUUGCCAGCCACAAUCAGUGGAGCACUGACUGAGCUGGAAGACUCCUUCACGGAACAAGUUCAGUCCCUGGCCAAGUCUAUUGAUGAUGCUCUGAGCACCUGGAGCUUGAAGACCAUGUGCUCACUGCAGGAUGGGGGCUCAUACCAGAUAAGAGAGACCUUCAGUGCCAGUUCAAUGCAACCAAACCAAGACUUAGAAGCUGAGCUGCAGGACAAGGAGAAGGAGGAAGGGCUUCUGCCAGAUACCCUACCUAAGAGCAGCAGCACUCUCAUGAUGGCUUUUCGAGAUGUCACGGUCCAGAUUGACAAUAAGAAUAUCUCCGUCUCAUCGUCUACCUCGGUGUCCAUGGCAAACUGCCUGAGCAGCAAUGCCCAGGCUGGGCUCUCUCAAGCCUCCAAGUCUGAAGAAAGCCCAGGAGAAGGGGAAGGAGAAGACAGUGAACAGCCAGCUGCCCCGGAGAGCUUACCUGAGUCAGAAGCUCUCCAGAACAGCCACACUUUCACUGAAGUGAACAUUAGCAGUAAUGGCAUGGGGGACAGCAGCGAGGAGCCUGGGCAGAUGGCAGUGCAGAAGCUCCAGCUUGAUGCUAACAAUGAGACGGGGCAAAGCAAAGGCUCUGAAUCUGAGAAUGCAGACAACUCAGAGCAGCUGAGCAGCAGCAGCACCUCCACUUCAGCAAAGUCAGCUUCUGAGGUGUCCUCAAAAGAAGCACUGCAAGCCAUGAUCCUCAGCCUCCCACGGUACCAUUGUGAGAAUCCAGCUAGCUGCAAGUCCCCCACACUUUCCACAGACACCAUGAGGAAACGCCUCUACCGUAUUGGUCUGAAUCUCUUUAAUAUAAACCCAGACAAAGGGAUCCAGUUCCUGAUCUCCCGGGGCUUCAUCCCGGACACUCCUAUUGGGGUGGCACACUUCCUGCUCCAGAGGAAGGGCCUCAGCCGCCAGAUGAUUGGGGAGUUCCUGGGCAACAGCAAGAAACAGUUCAACAGGGAUGUCCUGGACUGUGUGGUAGACGAGAUGGACUUCUCAGGCAUGGAGCUGGAUGAAGCGCUGCGGAAAUUCCAGGCCCACAUCCGCGUGCAGGGGGAGGCACAGAAGGUCGAGCGGCUAAUUGAGGCCUUCAGCCAGAGGUACUGCAUGUGUAAUCCAGAUGUGGUCCAGCAGUUUCACAACCCAGACACCAUCUUCAUCUUGGCCUUUGCAAUCAUCCUCCUCAACACGGAUAUGUACAGCCCCAACAUCAAGCCUGACAGGAAGAUGAUGCUGGAGGACUUCAUUCGCAAUCUGAGAGGAGUGGAUGAUGGUGCUGACAUCCCACGGGAGCUGGUGGUGGGGAUCUAUGAGAGGAUCCAGCAGAAAGAGCUUAAAUCCAAUGAGGACCAUGUGACUUAUGUCACCAAGGUGGAGAAGUCCAUAGUUGGAAUGAAAACGGUUCUGUCUGUGCCCCAUCGCCGAUUGGUCUGCUGCAGCCGCUUGUAUGAAGUGACUGAUGUGAACAAAGUGCAGAAGCAGGCAGCUCACCAGAGGGAAGUUUUUCUCUUCAAUGACCUGCUAGUGAUCCUCAAGCUAUGCCCCAAGAAGAAAAGCUCCUCAACCUACACAUUUUGCAAGUCAGUUGGCCUGCUGGGCAUGCAGUUCCAUCUCUUUGAGAAUGAAUAUUACCCCCAUGGCAUCACACUGGUGACUCCAGUUUCGGGCUCAGAGAAGAAACAGGUACUGCACUUCUGUGCCCUGGGAGCUGAAGAAAUGCAGAAAUUUGUGGAAGAUCUGAAAGAGUCAAUAGCAGAAGUGACAGAGCUGGAACAGAUACGUAUUGAAUGGGAGCUGGAGAAACAGCAAGGGGCAAAGACUCUCUCGCUAAGGAGCAAUGGAGCCCAGCUAGAACCACAGUCCAAGCAGAGCUCACCAACAGGCAAGAAGGAUUUGGGGGAGAAGGUCUCGGACAGCACAGUGGAGGUAUUAAUCAAUGCCUCCCCAGCCAGACUGACAAUUUUACCAAUUUCCAGAGAUACAAUUAAAAGUUACUGCUAGGACGGGUAAUACAACUUUCAAAUCCAAACUAAACUUCAAAGCAUUUUCAAUCCGUUUUUAUAACUGUAACAUCCCUCAUGGACCAAGCUCCCGAACGCUGUAGACUAACCCACCCCACUGCUUAUGGGGAGACUGAGAACCCCACUAAAGACUUCCCUGACAUGCUAACUCCAUGCAGCAUCACAUGCGAAUUCCCCUGCAGCCCAGCUUUCCUGCAUAAUCUCUGCAGCUGUCUCUCCAUCCCCCCUUGAAGGGGAUUAAGCAUGGCCUUUUUAUAUCAGACACUUUUCCUAGAGCUUCACCUUCAUAGACAGGGAGCUUGGCUGUCCUUGAUAGGGAGCUUGGCUGUCCUGUAUGCUUCUGUCUUUGCAGGGAUGUCUAGCACCCAUGGGUUGCCUGUUUCUUCACAGACACCCAUGCUCCCGCUGCCUGUAAGGAAACAGAAAAAUGCUGUCUUCACACUGAAAAUCUUACUUACUAUUUUCUACAUUUUCCCUGUCUGGAAUAUCUCCAUUUUCCUGAAUUUGCCCUUUUCCAGGGCACUUCUUUCCCUUCUUGUCAUAGUAUGUUUGUUUGAGGAGUUCAGCUUCUCUGUGGGGAGUGGGUGUCACGCAUUUUCCUUGAAGAACGCCCAUUUCCCUGCAGACACCCUUUUUCUGGACAAGGUCCCUCUCCCAGCCAACUUCCAAUUUCUGUUGGGUGUUGUGUUUUCUUGUGGAGAAUGACUUCCAUGUAUUUUAAUGUCACUAGCACUUCAUGGCCCAACAGCCAGUUUUUCCAAAGGUAUGUUUCACUGCCUGAAUAAAUAUUGACACAGUCCUGCUGCAUAGUGGGCCUGAGCAACCUCCAUGCUUGGGUAGGGACAAACAGCUCAUCCUUGUUCCAGCAUGGUGGGAAGCUUGGUCACUCCACAGCUCCUCCUUCAUGGUUGCUGGCUCUGCUGUCCAACAUACAGACCAUCAGGGCACCCCCACUGCCCAAUCUGCCCAUCUGUACCCUUGCCUUGCUGGAAGUGCUGUGCCAACCUGCAAGUAGUAGUAUCCUACCCAGGAUUUAUCAUUUGACUGACAUUCAACAGCAACCUUGCUGUGCUCUGGUGACUCCAUCAGCCCAUGUCCUUGCCAGGAGGAACUAUGACUUCGGUCACCAUCCAGGAAGCACCAUUUUCCUGCUGUGCUUCCCCCUCAGGGAUCUCUAGUCCAGACCCAGCUCCCUUUUCAAGCUGGUCUCAGUGAAUUCUCUUUUUUGAGCGACUCUAUUAUCAGCAUCUCUCUGUGGGGACCCUGAUGACCUCCUCCUUCCCUCCCCCCUUCCCAUUGCCCACGUAAUACUCUGCCAGCAGAGGAGCAUUUCCAUUUCUUUGAGAUUAUCUAAUCUGCUGCCAUUUCAUCAUGAAUUUCUUUUAUCAUUGUAUGAGCUAGACGGGCAUUUUUUUCUUUCUUUUUUCUUUUUUGAAAAUCAUUUCCUUUCACUGACAAACCAUCAAAUGGAUCAGAGGGAGCUGCCUUUUGCUAGAGUAUGUCAGAUUUCUGCUUUUUUCCUUUGUAAACAGAUUAGCCAGUCAUGUGGUGUACCUUCAUACUCGGAAAGGCAGGGAGCUGGGAAAGGCUGGAGUCUCUCUAUCUCAGAUUCAGCUACCGUCAUUUUUGCAGAAAUGUACAACCUCGAUUAUCUGAAACCUUGCUACCCAGUUGUCCCUUUUGCCCCCUUGUUUUGCUGCUGGGGACAAAGGCAUGACCGCUGAGGUCUAUUCAUUACCACAAGGAUUUACGGAUGCCUCCGCUCAUUGAGUUGAAAUGCGUUCCCUGUGCUGUUUGGAUAAUCAAAGUUGCACUGCAUUUGGGAACACCAGCCCUACCGCCUUUGAUGUGGUGGAAAGGACAGGGGCACUAAGGCCUAGAUAGGAUGAUGGGGCUGUUGGGAGAGAGGGAUGCAGCCAGGGCUUGUGCCUGUUCUGUUUUUUCAAGGGGGGAGGGCUCGAUGCAUGUGAGGCUGACUGGUGGCGGGGGUUCAGGGCAGCCAGCAGCAGCAGAUGGGAAAAGUCUUGUAACAUUUAAUGCUUCUUUGACUGUUUCUAAAAUAGGUGUCAAUUCACAACAGGCUUCAAACGUACCAGCACAACUCCGCCCUGGGGCCCGAGAGUGGAAUGCAGCCCAGCAUGCGUCUUAACAUGCCACGGGAGCGGCUGGAGACAGCACUGGUGCCCUCGCACCCCGCCUCGGCG